AUGGCGCAAGUAAAGCCACUCAUCAGCGUCAUCGGCUCCCUCAACGUCGACUUCGUGACGCUCACUCCUCGAGUGCCAGCAGCUGGAGAAACACUGACAGCACGGUCGAUGACAGUCCAUGCCGGAGGCAAAGGCGCCAACCAAGCAGUCGCUUGCGGCAAAGCAUCAUGGGUCACCAAAGAUGCGCAGGACGUCGACGUUGCGAUGAUUGGAUGCGUGGGCAAAGGUGAUCCGUACUAUGCCUCUCUCCUGAAACCAACACUCGAAAACAGUGGAGUCUCGAUGGCCGGCAUUGAGGAGAUCGAUGGAAGUCAGACUGGCACAGCCACGAUUCUCGUGGAGGACAGCGGUCAGAACAGGAUCCUCUUCGUGCCUGGCGCAAACUUCGAUGGCAUGCAAGACUCGCGCAAGGCCAUAGACUUGGCAACAAAAACGGCUGAGCCUACGGUCUUGGUCAUGCAAGGAGAAAUUCCGCGCAGACCGACGUUCGAGAUCCUCGAAUACUUCGGCUCGCGGUCGACUCAGACCAUCUGGAACCCGGCACCGGUCUACGACGAUGGUAUUCCGGCAAGAGUACUGCAGCACAUUGAUUACCUGAUAGUGAAUGAAACAGAGUGUCUGCUGCUAGCCAAAGGCGCCAGCAUGGCUAUCACUGUCGAAGAUGAGGACAACAUGACAUCGACGGAGCUGGAAAGCAUCGCGAAGGCGUACAAGAAAAUCGGCGUCAAGAAUCUGCUAGUCACUUUGGGCGCCAGGGGCGUCUUCUACUCUGCUGCCGAUGGACAGCAAGGUCUGGUUGCAGGGUUGAGAGUACCGAAGGUUGUUGACACCACGGCUGCAGGCGAUACGUUCGUUGGGUUCUUUGCUGCCGCGCUAGCAAGGUAUGGAUCAAGGAACGCCACCAGUGCCGGUGCCGUCUUCGACGUUGCCGUGGCGGUCAAACGUGCUAAUGCUGGUGCUGCGGUCACAGUCCAGCGCCCAGGCGCAGGCGAAAGCAUUCCCUUCGGCUACGAGGUAUCGUGA